AUGGGCCGCCCUGAACGGACAGCGCGAAAACGCAACUGGCUCUCGGCGUACCUCGAUUCCGACUCGGAUGAGGAAGGGAGCAUGUUCUCUCGUGAAUCAAGCAAUAGCGACGAGGAAUUUCAGGCCCCGAAGCGGAAGGCUCCGAAAAGACAAAGGGUCAAGAAGGAGAAAGAGCCUCCGACCAAAGCGUCCAUUGCAAACCUUGCAACCGACGGCAACGACAACGUCGAUGCUCAGGAAAGGGAAGCAAAAUUGGGCCAGGUCGGACAUGACAUCCUUGAAAGGAUCAAGGGAGCGUUGCGUCUCGCGAAUCACCCGGGUACUGGCGAAAAUGAGGCCAAGGCUGCUCUCAGGCAAGCAUCGAAGUUGAUGGCGAAGCACAAUGUCACACAGGCCGAGAUCAUUGCUCGCGAGAACAGCCAGGAGAAACUCAAGCGUGCCGGCAUGUCAGUCGUGAUCGUGAGAAGCACCAAAGAUACUCAGGUUAUGUGCGAAACCUGGGCCAGCGGGGCGGCGUCGGCCGUCACCAAGUUCUUCGACUGUAAAUUCUAUACCACAACCUUUGAACAGAUUGAUCGGGUGUCGUAUACUUUCUACGGUCUGGCUGAACAAACGGUCGCUGCGGCUCAUGCGUACGAGAUGGUCUAUAACCAGAUCAUGCGUUGGUCGAUGGACAAAACCGAAGCGAAAGGCAGGAACGCAAAAAAUGCCUAUCGACGCGGAGUGGCGGACGGUCUCUGGAACGUGGCAAUCAGAGAGAAGAACGAAGAGCAGAGAAAUGCCGAGCGCAAGGAGAAGCUACUUCUCGAAGCGGCGAGAAAACAAGAAGAAGAGGACGACAAAAAGAGGUUGGAGCGGCUCCAGCAGCCCGAUAUCGCAGAUGAUGCUCUGGUCGCUAUCAAGGUGGAAGAGGACGAUACGAUUAGUUCGGACCACCUGCCUAAUCAUGCGAAUGGUGCCUUGGCCGCGGUAAAGGUGGAGGAGGACGACAAGAGCACGCUGGAAGGCUUGAAGGAACCAGGGCUUGCGACCGAUGCCUCGGUUGCAAUCAAAAUUGAGGUCAAGAUGGAGUCGGAGCCACGUGCUGAGGGGAACAAGAAGGUGACGAUCAUAGAUGUCGAAGAUGAAGACGCGGAGACGGCCACGAAUCCCGCGCCACUCGAGGAUACUGUCGAGAACAAGCCGGCAAACGGCAUGAACACGGGAAAUGGAACUGACCAUUACCCAGAUAUCGAUCACGCGGACUUUGAAUAUGAUCCAGGAGAUUUCCAACAGGCGGAUUUCCAUGAAAAUGACGAGGACGAGGACGGAGAGUAUGAUCUACCGAGCCUCCGUCCCGAACCCGCGCUGGAUGGAGAGUUGAGCAGAGCUACCCCAGGAUUGUUAGGAACUGGUCCGGAGCCGAACCCCCCUACACUUGUUGACACGAUCGCAGAGGAAGAACCUGACGAAACACCUUGGAAUUCAGUGGGUGCCCUGACCACCUUCCGCGCGCAAUCCGUUGCUGUAGCAGAUGAGUACCUCGCCUCCGUCGGUGUUGAGCUCUCCACGAAACGUAAAACACCAAAGAUCAUGUUCAAGGAUCAGCAUGCCCGGAGAAUGUACAAGGAUGGAGAGGAGGAUGCGAAGAAGAUUGACGUGAAGAGGAGGCGGCUGAAAGCCGCUGAAGAUGAUUCCUGA